AUGCCCCGUGAAAUCAAAGAAGUUAAAGAUUUCUUGAACAAGGCCCGUCGUACCGAUGCUCGUGCCGUCAAGAUAAAGAAGAACCCCAACAACACCAAAUUCAAGAUUCGUUGCUCCCGUUUCUUGUACACCUUGGUCGUCCAAGACAAAGAGAAGGCCGAGAAAAUCAAGCAAUCCCUUCCCCCAGGCUUGGAAGUUAAGGAAGUCAAGUAAACUGUCUUCCCAAAAGCAAACAGUCCCCAACCUUUUUAGUUGCUAAAUAUUUUAACAUAAUGUCUGUCCGGCUGAGGAGGAAGAUGCUGUAGAGGAUGUGGAGUUGUAUAGAACAAAUGUGUGAUGUGUUGUAGAUGAAGCUGAUUUGGUGCAUGCAAAUACAAGUUGUAUUUUGUUUAUUUUUAAAUGCAACUUUUUGUAUGUUGCAAGGCAGUGACAAUUUGUGAUAAACAAUUUUACAACACCCUCAUGUAUUGCCUAUGCUGUUAUUUUAUACUAAAACAACAACAAAAACAUCAUUAAAAAAUACAACAAUGUUGUAAAUUAAAAAAAAAAACAAAA